AUGAAUCAAAAGAGUCAAUUUUUGCUGGCGUUAGCCUUGUUGUGUGUUUGCGCCACCGCUCUUCUUGUUCAGGCACAAUCGGUCAGUGUCCGUGUAUUAAACAAGGCUAUCUAUGACAUGCUCAAUGACAAGACAACCUCUCGUGGAUUUACUUCCAUCCAUCAGGCGUAUUUUGGAGAUUCCGUGAUGCACGCACCUGUUGAUAAAUGUACAACAUUUACUUCUUGGCCAUCAGCAUCAGAAGUUGGAAGCGAUCCGACUUUUGCUCAAAUUUUGACUAGAAAAUAUAUUGUUUUUGGAACGAAUAGCGUAAACAACAGUCCAAAGAGAUACAAUUAUGUCGGAGUGGGUCCAAAUUAUGGAUCUUGUACUGGAUUUGAGGCUGAUAUUGCAUCAUCUAUUGCUUAUAGAAUUGCUGGAUUAGUUCCUCGAUCCUCAAUUGUUGAUUUUACAUGUCCUUACCAAAAUGAUGGAAAUGGUGUUGUGAGAGGAAAUCUUGCAACAAAUGUUACAUUUAACUCUAUCAGUGACUUGGAUCAGCCAGAAAUUACUUUGUGCGUUCAAAAAGGUCUACCUUAUACACUUACUAGAGAUGCUGUUGCUUGUCACGCCUACGUAGCUCCUUUAAUCAAUGGCUUGUUCCAAGCAAAAACAGACGCUCCAAAGCUCACUUAUUUAGGUUUGAUUGGCUCCUCUUCUGAUGUAUCGAUUGCGGUCAGAAAGAGUGCUGUUUCCUCACGAAGCUCAAACGCAGCCUCAAUGAACUUGUGUUUGUUGCUGAUCUUUUCUGCCAUCUUUGGUGUUUUUGCACUCUUGCUUUAA